UAAAUUUAACAUAUAUUAUGAGAUUUAUGCUUGCCUUCUGGUUUACAUGUACAAAGAGCGGAUGCAAUUGACCCUGCACUAAGAAGGUCAGGGCAUUUUGACACUGAGAUUGAAGUUACAACCCCUAAUGAAGAUGAACGAUUUCAAAUACUUAAGCUCUAUACAAAGAAGCUUCCUUUGGAUCCCAGCGUUGACUUGCGAUCCAUAGCUGCAUCUUGCAAUGGCUAUGUUGGGGCUGAUUUAGAAGCUUUGUGUCGCGAGGCUGCCAUGUCUGCAGUAAGAAAAUCUUCAGAUGCAAAUGAGGAAGCUGGUAUGCGUAGCUUAACAAUGGAUGACUGGAAGCAUGCAAGAUCUGUCCUUGGUCCAAGCAUAACAAGGGGUGUUACUAUGGAAAUUCCCAAGGUUUCUUGGGAGGAUAUUGGAGGAUUAAAAAAUUUAAAGAAAAAGCUCCAGCAAGCUGUUGAGUGGCCUUUAAAACAUUCUGCUGCAUUUUCAAGGCUUGGAGUAUCACCUGUUUGUGGGAUUCUUCUUCACGGACCUCCAGGGUGCUCAAAAACCACCCUUGCCAAAGCUGCUGCUCACGCUACCCAAGCUUCUUUUUUUUCCUUGAGGUUUGAUCAUCUUUCAUUAAUUUCAGCAAGAUAG